UGAAGGGGCCAUCUGGCCGCUGCGUUUGCUUUCGCUGCCUUUAAAAAGAAUACGACGUUAUAGACGAUAGUCUACAGCCUUGCAAUUCACAUACAUGUAAAUGGCUACUGCUGACUCAUUCCCGAGAGAUCUCGCCGACCACCCUGCUCCGCCGCCGCCCGUGCCUAGGCGCCGAGCUCUGUCGAUUAGCGGGACUUCUAGAACUCCAGGAAAAGCCGCCCCUCCACAAGGUGUCUAUGUCGGAAUAGAAAUAGAGGCCCGCGGUCCCCGACCUGCCUUUUGUGUUUAUGUACAUGAUGGAUUCUACGAAGUGGACUUUACAACCCAAUUCAUGGAGUCUGGGUCCGAUGGUGCGUUUUCGGAAGCGCCAGAAAAUGAGGUGGCUAAGAUAGACGAAGACGAUCAGAAUGAUCUCGACAAGCAAAACACAAAGGAAAGCGGACAAGCUGGCACUCAACAACGGCGCUCACCUCCGCCUUCCAGUGAUUCGGAGGCUCCGCAAAGCAUUGACGGUGACCACCUUCGUAAUAUGGAAGACGCUAUCAUCAUAUGGUUGCGUGAAUAUGCCAAGUCACACCGCUACAAAAUUCAUGCGGCUGGUAUUGGUGUGGCAGCUGGACAGGACGUCUGCGUUGGAUAUGGUGACAUGUACCUCAGAAAUCAUGAUGAAGACUCGGAUUCUGGCAGCCUUAGGUUACCUGCACGUCUGUGGUUUGAGCUGGAUAUCCUUCCAAUUGUUGUGGAAACCAAGGGAUUCACUCUGGAUGAGCGUGCAUGUUCGGCUGCGCGCAAAGCUGAGCUCGCUCUUAACCCGCACAUUGCUGGAAACAUACCUCGCAUCUGCUGCGGCUACAGACAUGAGGUGGAAGUUGACGCCAACGGAAGAAUUCAUCUUGCAGAUAGCAUUGAUUAUGAGAGGACUGUAACUCCCGAAACAUGGGACAUCUUCACCAAGUUGGUCGAGCUUACGCGAGAUCGCUAUAUCCAGAUAUCUUUCUUCAACUCAACUCCCCAAGGCGGAGGAGUGGCUCUCAUGAGGCAUGCACUGCUGCGGCUCUUUCGUUUGAUGGGGGUGAAUGUCAAGUGGUUUGUUAUGAAGCCAAAGCCUGAAAUCUUUGAUAUCACAAAGCGCAAGUUCCACAAUGUACUCCAGGGUGUCGCCCCGAAGGAUGUUCAUUUAACAGACGAGGAUAAGAAAAUGUUCGAAAGUUGGGCAAGGGACAACGUACAGCGUUACUGGGCUGACGGUCCGAUUGUGCAAUCCGACGUUAUCGUCAUUGAUGAUCCUCAACCAUGCGGAAUUAUUCCCUACAUUAAGCGGUUGAAUCCCAGUUGCAAGAUCAUCUACCGGAGUCACAUUGAAGUAACUGCGGAUCUUGCUGAUAACCCGAGUACCGAACAGCACCACGUUUGGUCGUAUCUUUGGAAAUUUAUCCGCCAUGCGGACGUUUUUAUUUCUCAUCCUGUGGCAAACUUUGUUCCGUCGUGCGUGCCAAAAGAUCGCCUCGUCAUGAUGCCAGCGUCAACUGAUCCCAUAGAUGGGCUCAACAAGGAAUUGGAUUCGGAAGCGAUGUAUUACUAUCAAGCCAUUUUUAACCGUAUUAGCCUUGACACGACUGGGAAAAUGGUUGACUUUGCAAAUAGACCUUAUGUUGCACAAAUUUGCCGAUUCGAUCCUAGUAAAGGCAUUCCACACCUACUCAAAGCGUACAAACUGUUGCGACAGCGGUUGCGUGAUAAUAAUGUUCCUAUUGAGGACACGCCGCAGUUAGUCGUUGCCGGACACGGAAGUAUCGAUGAUCCGGAUGGAAAUGUAGUGUUUGAGCAAGUUUUGGAGAUUCUGGGGCAGGAAGAGUAUGCGUGGAUUGCGGACGACAUUAUUGCAGCGCGUUUGCCGCCCUCUGAUCAGUUGUUGAAUGCUUUACUCCGUGGCGCCCAUGUGGCCCUCCAAUUGUCUACUCGCGAAGGUUUUGAGAUCAAGGUAACUGAAGCGCUCGCCAAAGGUGUGCCGGUCAUUGCAUAUAAGGCUGGCGGUAUCCCGCAUCAAAUACAGCACGGUCGUACGGGCUUCCUCGUGGAAGUUGGGGACAUUGAACAAGUGGUUCAACAUCUCUACAAUCUUAUCACCGAUGCCAAGCUCCAUACCAGAAUGUCAAGGGCUGCGGCAGACUUUGUUUCUGAAGAAUACUUUACAGUUUUUCAAGCAAUAAACUGGCUCUGGCUUCUCAACGCGGUGCACUCGGGUCGCUUCAGUAACGAAAACCCUGCGCCAGAUACAGCAACAAUUGAGAAGGAAAAGGAUCGAGCCCUGCAUGAGGCAGCGACUGGUCGGAACGGGAAGAUGAUGAAAUCUUCUGAUGGGGAUGUUGACGGACUGCGGUGCACAUCCUCACCUCCACCGACGGAUGAGCAGGAAGAGGAAGAUCGGCGUAUCGAAGAAGCCUUUGAGCAACAGCGCCAGACAUUGGCCGGUGGUGGCCGGUGGGUUAAGGAACUGUGGCAAAGAGAAUAUCCCAGAGCAGGCAAGCCAAGGAAGAAGAAGAGCAAAAGGCAGGAUACCGAACAGUAAACAUAAAGCCUCCAUUUGUACAGUCUCCCAUAGAUAUCACAUCAUCUUGUAAGAGUCAGCAUAGUAAGAGUCAAGUUAUAGUCAUAUCUAGAAACUUGGGCAAUAUAUGAGUAUCGGCUCAAGGUCCGGAAGUAUAUAUUUCAACAAAAAUGCGGGUCGCGAGAACAAUUAUACAAGAUUCGAAAA